AUGAAAGGGCUUUCAUAUGGUUGGAGACUUGGGCCACUCCUCUUGUUGAAUCAUCCUGAUACUGUGCACAAUUGUACAUUAGUUGAUAAUAGUCACAAAAUGGCAUGCGCUCCUUAUCCUUAUGGUGAUCCUUUUUCUGGUGUUUCAUUAGUUGCAUAUGGACCACAAGUUAGUAUGCCGGGAUUAGCAUCCUCCAGAAUAGCGUUACCACUUGAUCUUGCAGAAGAUGGGCCUAUUUACGUGAAUGCAAAACAAUACCAUGGUAUACUGAGAAGACGACAGUCACGAGCAAAGCUUGAGGCUCGAAACAAACUCAUCAAAAGUCGUAAGCCAUAUCUUCAUGAGUCCCGGCACCGCCAUGCAUUGAAUAGGGUUAGGGGAUCCGGAGGUCGCUUUCUCAGUGCCAAACAGAAGCAGCAGUCUAAUGCUGAACGUGUCAAUGUUUAUCUAAGGAAAGAUGCAUCAGAGGUUGAAAGUCAUGCCUCAAGAACUGGAAAAAGUGCAUCUUCUAUCACAAAUUGCUCUGGCGUAACAAGUGUUUCCAGUAACAAUGUAAACAUUUGGCAGCCUGAGCUUAAUUUCUUAGGGAACUCCGCAAACAUGGGUGCGGCAUUACAUUGCAGUGGAGGUCUCAGCUUUGGUGGUGGAACUCAGCAAUGUCCGGUUGGCCAGUGAAAGACGGAACCGAGAAAAAUCAAGAUCAGGCAAAUCAUCCUUGGCUAUGUCACUUUACUCUGUGUUUCAUGUGCUUUUGAGAGACUCUGCAUCAGAACUUUAACCUUAAGUUGCUAUUGCUUCCUCUAUUUUGUUGAACUGGUUCUAGAAAGUUUGUGUUUAUAGAUUGGUCUUAUAUUGGAAGAUUGAUAGAGUGGUCUUAUGUUAAGCACUUCCAUAAAUCAUGUUUUGAAUAUAUCUUGUUAAUGAGACCUAAGAUUUGUGGUGU